GGCUUUUGAGGGUAUCUCUGAGGUCGGAAUAUUUUCUAGGGUUUUUUUUUCGUCUGGGGUUUAUUCUGUGCUGGAUUUUUUUUUAGAUGUUUGGAUUGGAUCGGGGGCGAGCUUUGAUUUGGUGCUGCUCAAAUGAUGUUUGAUUGGGACGAUCCGGAUCAGGUCAAUGAAACAAUAUGGGGUGAAUUAAAUCAAAAUGAAGACCAUACUGUGCCUAAUCCUAAAGAUUCUGAGGAACACCCGGCGUUUACUUCUAAAGAGUGCAACAAGAAAGAGGGGAAUGAUGAUGCUGGCUCUAUUCCACAGUCUGCUGGGCAGAGUUCUGGAGCAAGAGAUGAAUUUCCUGGCUGUGUGGAGAACAGCUCCUGUCUUGCAAGUGAAGAUCAUUCCAGUUCAAGGCUUGAGAUGGAUCCCUGGCCUGAUUUGCCAUCCUUAAGUAGUGAACUGAAUACAGGGUACAAUAAUGGAAAUAAUGAUGGCUCCCUUGAACAAGGAUUAAUUAAUAAAAUGACUGUGCAGCUGGAUGGUGAACCUGAACCUUUUGGUAGUGCGCGUGAUGAUAAAGGAAAUGGUAGCUUUCUUGACUGUGACUGGGCUAAUAUCAAUGACUUUGAUGACCUGGAUAGGAUGUUCAGAAACGAGUCCAUUUUUGGACACGAUAUGGUUACCAAUAUGGACGAGCUUCUCUCCUCAUCAUCAGAUAUGAUUGGUAGCUCUAUGAAGUCAAUUCCUACGCCCGAUAUAACAUUAUCCAGCAAUCAGCCUUCUGAUCGAGGCUGUUCCUCUUUUCAGCUAGCUGAACAUUCUGGUGACAAGAGGAAGGUGGAUGACAAGACAGCAGAUACUGUGGAAACAAGAGAGCCAGGCUUUUCUCAAACCCCACAAAGCAACCAACUUGCAGAAAUGGAUGAUAGGAAAAAGAAACUGCUGAAGUCUCGCAAGAAAGCUGAAGAAAGGAGCAAGAACAAGGCCUCACAGAACUUUCAUGCCCCUUGGCCUGAAAAUAUAGGUCAAACUCAGCAACUUCCAGGCCAACAUAUGCAUCCUUUUCUUAUGGCUCCCUCCUUCACAAGCCAUUCCAUCGCCUGUAUAUGCUCAACAAAGGAAAGUAAAUGAUGCUGAAAAUAUUGGUUCC